CUUGGCAGUCAUAAACGGUGAUGAUUGGCAGUCUGCAUACACUGGGCAUACGCGUCUUGUUGGUGUAUUUGAUCGAUCUCCCAUGUUAUGCAUGGGCCUUCUGCGCACCCUUCGCGAGCUGACUGGCACGCCCGGCGUCCCAAUCUUCUUACUUCUUUCCUCUCACUUCUCCUCUCUCCCAAGUUCAACUUCGUUUGGCCCCUCCAUCGCGGCAACUCGCUGCUUUACAAAUACUCAACGCUGAGCCCAGCUGACGUGUCCACAACUUGAAGUCACAAAUACAAUUACUCAUUGUGUGCUCCCCAGUUGAUUGUUCCAUAAAGUCUCAUGCCCUUCGACUACCUUCCCGCCAAAAAAGCAUCCCCCUUCUAGCGUCCCGACAGUCCCACAUAUAAGCCUCCAGCUUAUGCAAACGACGGUCUAAUAAGGCAGCUAGCGGUACGGAACAGUCAACCUGAAAGCGGGGCCCCACUCCGGAUCCACCACGCCAGACCGGAACUUGAAUUGCAAGGAAGAUGUCUUCGAACGGAGAGGUCGUCUAUGGCAGCCUCUUUGUCUAUGCCCCCAACAAGAUUGCUCCCAUCGUCUUCGCCGUUAUGUUCGGCUUGUCGGCGGCAGGCCACUUCUACCAAUGCUUCCGCCAUCGCUGCUUCAAGUUGGCCGGCCUACAGCCUUUUUGUGCAGCCCUGUUUUCCCUUGGUUACGCCUUGCGCGAGGUCGGGGCCUACAACUAUUCGUGGCAAACUGAUGUUCAGGGCAAGAUUAACACGACAAACCUUAUUAUCUAUGUCCUUAGCCAGGUCUUUGUCUUCGUUGCUCCUCCGCUCCUCGAGCUUGCCAAUUAUCACAUACUUGGGCGCAUACUAUAUUAUGUACCCUAUAUGGCUCCGAUAUCUCCCGGCCGCGUACUAUCGACAUUUGGUCUCCUUAUGGCUAUUAUCGAGACUCUAAACGCUCUUGGUGUUGCUCUUUCCUCUAAUCCUGCUGGUGCAAGCCAAGGUGCCGGGAAUGCGAUGGUUGUCGCUGCACUUGGUAUGCAGCUAGUUGUCAUACUGGUUUUUGUUCUCCUUGCGGGCAUCUUUCACCGCCGGAUUGCCUGCGCCAAGUUGGAGACGCAACCACUCAAGACCAUGCUUAUUACCCUCUACUCCAGUAUGAUUUUGAUCCUUGUUCGCAGUAUCUAUCGUCUUGUUGAGCACAUGGGUAAUACUGAGAUUGAGCUUGAUGACCUUGCGGUGCUUCAAAACCUCUCCCCCAUACUGCGGUAUGAGUGGUAUUUCUAUGUCUUUGAGGCUACUAUUAUGUUCCUCAAUUCGACACUAUGGAAUAUAUUCCACCCAGGUCGAUUCCUACCGCAAAGCCCGCAUACAUACCUCGCCCGUGACGGUGUCACGGAGCUCGUGGACAACCAAAAAGACGAGCGCUCCCUGUUGGCCAAGAUCGGGGCCGUCAUCUCGUUUGGGUGCUGCUUCAGACGCCGUGAGAACCGUCAUUUUGAGCAGCUGAAUGACUACGAGAUGUCGAACCGCGGUUCUUAUCGCGGGUCACGGUCGGCAUAUCGGACGUCUCUAAUUCGAUUUGGGCGAACUGGUUCCGAGCAGUGA